AUGAUCCAUGCACUGGAGAUGACCCACCACAUGUCAUGCACCAUCAAAUACCCCGUUGUGUUCCUUGGCUUAGUUAAAGUUGCAUUUGCUACAGCCCAUCCUGAUGGUUAUAUGUCAAUUUUCCACCUCAAACUCAGAUGUUGGUACAGAUCUCACAGUCCAGCUGCUAGGCAGCGUGUGGCUACAGAGCAUUGGCUUGCAAAGCCAGGAGUUCAAGAUGGGCAAAAUGCAAAGGCCCAUGCUUGGAUGGCAUGCAAGCAGGAAAGCCAAACCCAUCCAUCCAACUCAGGUGCCCCUUUGGCCAUUUCGUCUGCAGUCAACAGUCCCAAUUCUCGCAACAUCACUCCUGAAGUCAAUGAUGACUCUAUACUCGUCAUGGAAGAUCACCUCAGUUGUUCCUGCGACUUGCCAACCCUCCAAAGUAUUGAGAUUAUGGUCAACCUAUGGAAAAAGGACUGGCAGUCUGAAGAUAAGUGGAAUGAGUCAUAUGGGAAACUACUCAGCCAUGCAAGAUGCAAGGGGGGACAUUGGACAUCCAUUUUCUUUGAGGAGUGCAGUAUACAUGCUUUGGAGGGGCAAGCACUUCUUGAAAGUAUUCGAGAAGUUGUGCACACAAGUUGCCCAUGUUGCAGGGAGUCGCUCAAGUAUGACACCAUUAUACUAUAUGAUUUGCUGUCUGUCUGUAUUAUAGGAUCCCUCAGUGCGCAUACAACACCCCCAGAUCAGGAAUUAGUUGUCAAGGCUGAGAAAUGUUCCACUUGUACUACAGCUAAGAACAGCAAGAUAUUGGUGCAAGAUGAAUUCAUCUUGUAA